AUGGAGCAGGCUGCGCCGAUCCACGACGCUGAAGUCACUGCUGCCGUUCUGAAGAUGCGUCCUCCGCCUGUUGCAGGUCCUGGUUCGACGCCAGACAACGCUCGCCGCCGGGAGGCGUUCUUCCGCGACGGCCUCGCCGGGGCUUCCCCGGCCGGCGGCAGCGGCGGCGCCCCUGCCACCUGGCGGCGCAGCGCCGAACUGUCGCCGCCGCGCGCCGCGCACAACUCGCCGUCAGGCGGCAGCACUGCGGCGGCGCCGGGCGCGGGUGCUGACAGCUGGCGGCGCAGCGCGGAACUGCCCGCCACGACCGUGAGCGUUACCACGGCCGCGACCUCGACCUCGACCCCGACCACGACCUCUACCACGCCGACUGCGCACAACGUGACCGUGGUCACCAAACGAGUGCUGUGGGUGGCCGAGACAGAGCCGGUGGCAGCAGAAAAACCGCAGCCUCCGACAGCAGGUGACGGAGGAGCGGCCGACCCGUCGUCUCCGCCAAAGUCCGCCCGCGUCUUCAUCUCGCUCAGCCCCCGCUCCGUCGAGAAGCUCGUCUCCGGGCAGCGGGCUCCCAGAGCUGACACGAAGAGUGCUCCCGUGACACGGCCCCAGCAGAACGGCAAUGCAGCGACCGACAGAGCCGGCGACACCUCGAGACCGGCGGUCGGCCGCGACAGGCCGGAUGGAGCUGCCGGCUCCCCGGCCGGACGGCGACCUGGGCCGCGACCGGCGGUCCCCGCGGUGAAGCCCUCCGUGACUCCGAGGAAGGACACCGUCGCACCAGAUCGCACUGCGGCGGUGUCCCGAGAAGAUUCCGUGCCACAGGGGAAAGUGUCGAGCCCUGCAGAGCUGGCAGGUCCGAGAGGAGGUUCGCUGGCGAAGGCUCCCGGUAAAGCACAGAGACCUGAACCUGGUGCGAAUCUGCCCACCACUCCUAAGACAGAAAGCAAUACACAGAAGCCAGAGGUACCACCGAAGUCCGUCUCCCAGCGAUCCAGCUUAGCUGGGGCCAAGCAGCAGAGUCCAGAAUCACCGCCUGGGACUGCCGAUGUCUCGGCAUCAACUACUGUCGAGUCCACAGGUGACGACACGGACAUUCCGUACGCAGAUUCGGAUGACGAGGCGAGUGCCGGUGAGAUGUCGCCCGUGUACCAGCCCUCCGCAGGGAAUCAGCCGGCAGGGGACGCGGACGGGGCAGCUGCAGCGGCGGCGAGGUCGGUGCCGCAGUCUGCGGGCCGCAUGUCGUGGACGCAGCAGCUGCUGGAGAAGCUGUCCGAGGAGGAGGACGCCAAGAGGAAGCGGCAGGCCGAGGCGCCCCGCAAGCCCCCCAGACUGGUGCGCUACCCCGGGCAGAGGGAGGCGGAGGAGGCACAGCGCAGGGCGUCCGCCCCCACCGGCUACCACCCGCUGCAAACUGUGGGGGCGACAGACCCCGUGCUGGCGAGUGCCGUGCCGGGCACGGACGCGUACGCCGAGCUCAUCGACCGCCUCAUCGAGGACGGCAGCCCCGCCACACGGCACAGGCCGUACCGCCAGCAGUAUGGACCAGGGGGCAUCCCGCUGCGGAGGCAGGCGUCGCUGGAGGAGGACAGCGGCAGCACGACCAGCAGCGACGGCGCAGAGACGGCGCGCCUGCGCCAGAAGUUCGAGGAGGAGCUGCGCACUGUGGCGGCGAUGCAGCAGCGCCGGCAGGCUGCCGACCCCGAGGCGGGAGCGGGUGCCGCGGCUACACCCCAGCCGCCCGUUCCCGUGCAGGACACCGCGCCGCUGCAGAGGGUCGCCUCACCAGCGCAGAGGGUCGCCUCACCAGCGCAGAGGGUCGCCUCACCGACGCAGAGGGUCCGGUCGCCGCCCCCUCCGGAGAGGUCGACGACCACUCCGCGAGGCUACCAGACCGUGAAGGUAACGGCGCUGGUGGAGAAACCGUCGACACCGCCGAAGAGGCAUCCGUCGGCGCAGGCCGAGCCGUCGGCCUCUACGCCGUCACCCCCGAAGCAGCUGACGAGUUCUCCGGACCGGGACGCCAUCAAGCCGAAGCCCAUCUCACCGGUCGUGCGACGGACCGCGAUGUCACCGCAGCCGCCGGCGGGCGCCCGUCCGCAACAGGCCGUGCCGAAGCUGCGUGCGUCGCCGAUGCAGCAGCAUCGUCAGCAGCAGCAGCAGCAGCAGCAGCAACAACAACAACAACAACAACAGCAGCAGCUGCGGCAGCAGCAGCAGCAGCAGCAACAGCAGCAACAACAACAACAACAACAACAGCAGCAGCAGCAGCAGAAGACGAAGAGCUCGGGACUGCGGAGGUUCCUGUCCCCGGCGGCCAGCCUGUUCGCGUCGGCCACGGGCAACAGUCCUCGCAACCGCAGGAGUCUCAGUGAGGACCGCAGCUCUAGGUCCUCCCCACUCCUGCUGAAACCGUACAAGUCCAAGAAGCAGCAGCAGCAGCAGCAGCAGCCGAAUGCACAGGAGGACGCCGCGCAGAGGCAGCCGUUGCUGGCGCAGAAGAAGUCCACGCCGCAGCCCGCAGCCGCCACACACGAUGCCAAAAGGAAAGUCCACCCCACCUCAAAUGCUCCACUGGUGGAGACGGCGUUCCUCUCCGAGCCGAAGAAGCCGACGCCGACAGCGACGCAGCAGAACCUGCUCAACGCGGGGGCGGACUACCGCAACAAGCCGCUGCCCCCCGUGCCGCCCCACCGGACCUCCAGCCGCAGCAGCAGCGGUGCCGGCACUGCCCCCGCACCCACACCCGUCCCGGUGCCCACCCCCGUGGUGGCCGCCCCCGCCGGAGGCAGCUCGCACAGCACUGCGCGGACCAUCCCCGACACGUCUCUCGUGCUGGAGGAGCGGCUGGACAGCAUCCGCCGCAGCCUCACGCCCACGCAGUACUCCAGGGGCGAGGUGCCCGCAGCUGCAGACUUUGCCGGCCGGCGGCAGCAGAAACGCUACCAGUCGCUGCCGCCCAUGUCGUCCCUGCCGGCAACGCGCCAGCAGCUGGAGGCGAUGGAGCGCGCGGCCCGCGGCUCGCCGCCUGCCUCGGAGUACCGGCCGGCGGGCAAACCGUCGGCUGCUGCGAGUCAGUCGGCGUACCGGCAGCUGCCGAAGGAGGCUCCAGGAAGCCCACAGGAAAACUGGGAAGUGGAGCGGCAGCUCACCGUCGAGGACGCGCAGCCGAAGGUGACCCGCCGCCCGCCCUCCGGGAGGAUCCUGCCGCUGCAGCUGGUGAGGCCGCUGUCCUCCACAGUAGAGGUCCCUGCGAACCCCUCGGCCGGUAUCUACCAGAAUGUCCAGCAGACCAACAGGGCGAGGCAGCAGGCCAGCUACCCAGAGGUCUACUACCACGGCAAGCAGCACGACACCCAGUCGGACACGGAGGCCCUCCGGCAGAACCGGCCACCCACGCAGCGCGGCCGCGGCGGGAGCGUCGCGUCGGACGGUGCCGACACGGUGCAGUCGUCGCGCAGUGUGGACGCCAGCUCGCCGUCGUCAUCGUCGACGGCGACGGUGGUCUCCUCGGCACAGCAGCAGCGGCAGAGGCCCGGGGACGCGGUGGACGCGGCGGACGUGUCGCCUGGGGCGGCUGAAGUACAGAGGGUGAUGCAAGCCAGACCACCUAUGGCGCUGCCGCCCCCGUCCGGCCGCAUGUCGGCCCCUCCGAGCACCGCCGACUGGCAGCGCCGCUAUGGCCACAUCCAGCAGCCGCUGCUGCAGUCGCCGCCCGCCCUCGUGCCGGUGUCGGCAGCCAUCAAGGUCACCAGGGAGCCCGUCUACAGCAACCUCUCGCAGGCGACGCCCUCGCAGCAGCCGCAGCGCCGGCAGCACGUACCGCUGUCGCCCGUCUCCCCGCCGCCGGACGGCACGGUGCGCCUGAGCCGACGCGAGCUGGAGGCGCUCUACUGGCAGACGCAGAUGCUGCGCGAGGAGCUGGCCGCGCAGAAACGCUACCUCGGCAUGACGGGGCCCGCGCCCGCCUCCGACACGUCCGUCGCCUCCACUGCGACCGCGGGGAGCGGGGGCGGCGCGUACGUGUCCGUCCUGCCGCGGCCGCAGCCGGUGUACGCCAGCCCGCAGACGCAGCUGCCUCCCCAGCAGCAUCGCCGCUCGCGCAGCAUGUCGCCGUCGCCGUACCACGGGCCCGUCUCUCCUGGCAGCGCCUACCCUCUGUACGCUUCCAACAGGAGCCUGAGCCUGAGCUUGCCGCGGGGCGCCGUGCUGCCGGAGCUGUACGACGCCCAGCAGCAGCCGUUCGUGCGCGGCGCGCCGUACCGGAACACCGUCGCCGGCAUCCGCAGCCACUCCGUUUCGGAGCGCACCUCCACCCCCACCAUAUACGAGGAGGCUGCGCACCAGCAGGCUGCGGCUCCACGGCGCGAGCAGAGUGCAGACGGGACUCCGCACCGCAGGAGCCGAGGCGUGGGGGCGGGCGAGGGGCCGCCACCCAUCUUCAAGAGGGGGUCGCUGCAGGGCCUGCCCGAGCCGGACGGUCCGGCCAGCUCCACGCCCAAGAGGGUCAGCUUCACGCCGGGAGAGGACGUCUCGCCGCGGCCCAACUGGCCCACGAGAAACGGACCGGCAGCACAGCCCCCGACGAGGAACAGGGACAGUGUGGAGUCUGACGUGUUCCUGCCAAACUCGCCGCCGCCCGCCACUUCUGCUGCCAACUACGUGAACCUGUCCGACCUGGGCUACGCGUACGGCUACGGUUACGGUUACGGAACAUCUGUGGCUGCGGAGCGGCGCAGGCCGUACGGUGUCGUGGUCCGGCGCAGCGCCCCGCCGGGCUCCGUCACCAGUCCCACCGGGACUCCCGACAGGCCACUCCCGCCCCUGCCGCCGAGUUCGAGCGGCGAGCUGUCCGGCAGCAACUCGUCAGUGUACGGAGUGGUCGUCCGCAAGCCGCAGCCGCAGCAGCCGGUGCAGCUGUCCCCGGACCGCUGGCAGUACCGCGCCGCAUUCCCGUCCCCCACCGGCAGGUGGCCGCAGUCCGAGUCCGAAUCCGGCAGCGAGGCGGGCGAGAUCCAGCGCAUCCUGGGCCGCGGCCGCAGCAGACCAGAAGAAGAAUGGAGUGGCGAUGGAAAGCCGAGGUCAUCUGGCGACCAAUCAGGAGGCGGCGGAGGCGGCAGCCGCGAUGACUCUGAGCUGAGAGGGCGCGGCGGCGGGGGCGGAGGAGGCGGCGGAGGCGGGAGCGGCGGCCGGGCCUCCGGGGGCGGCCGCAGCCGUGACGACCCGCGGCGCCACACGCUGUCCGGCACGGCAGACCACCACCAGCACCAACAGCACCACCAGCACCACCAGCACCAGGCCAUGGCCGGUCGCGCGAUGGACCUCGAGAUGAGUUCAAAGUCACAAAGGCGGAAGUCUCCGCUGCCGCGCGGGUACCCGCCGCUGCCGUCGGCCAUGCUGUUCGACGACGACCCGGGCAUCAUGUCGGAGGUGGAGACCAGCUCGACGGGCUUCCGACGAGGCGGCAAGCAGCGCUCCAGCUUGCCCGUGGUUCGCACCCCGUCCAAGACCCUGGAGCGGCCUCUAGGGCUGGUGUUCCUCCAGUACCGUAGCGAGACCAAGCGCGCGCUGCUGCCCAACGAGAUCACGUCGCUGGACACGGUGAAGGCGCUGUUUGUACGCUCCUUUCCCAAACAGCUCACCAUGGAGUACCUCGACUCGCCCAUGGUCAAGAUCUACAUUCACGACUCCUCCAAGGACAUGUUCUACGAGCUCGAGGACCUCAGGUCCCACCUGCGCGAGAUCCGCGACCGGUCGGUGCUGCGGCUGUUCGAGGCGGCCGACGUGAACGGGGGCGUGCUGCCCGGUGCAGGGGUGGGCCUGGCCCCGCCCCCGCCACCCUCCGCCUGGGACCAGGACCAGUCCUACUUCAGCGAGCCCGAGUUCGACUCCGACUACCACCACCAGCACAUCCACAAGAGCAAGGUAAGCGUGAUGAAGAUUUCAUUUUCGAGGCGUGCCCUUUGUGGUAAGUAAGGCAUACUGCAUUGACGUCGG